GGGAGCUGCGCGGCGGGGAGAGAACUGCUGCCAGAUCCGGGUUUUGCAGCACCCCUGCUCCGAGAGCCGGAUUGUGUGCGUGUGUGCGGCUCGCCGGCUGGCAGGUGCCGAGGAAGCUGGCUGACAUGCUAUUUUGAAAGCACAGAUUUAGAGACUCGGGGCCAAAACUCCGGCCGCAGGUUUGACUGUAGGUACUAAAGCAGGGAUCAACGGCGCAUAAAGAUGCUGAAGGGUGUUUGGUUGCUCAGUUUGUUAACAGUGGCUGGGAUCUUGCAGAUAGAAAGUCGCAAACCUACCAAAGACAUUUGCAGCAAGAGCCGCUGCCCUUGCGAGGAGAAGGAGAACGUGCUAAACAUUAAUUGUGAAAACAAAGGAUUUACUACCAUCAGCCUCCUCCUGCCACCACCAUCCAAGAUCUACCAGCUCUUCCUCAAUGGGAAUGCGCUGACCCGCCUGUUCCCCAAUGAGUUUGUCAACUACUCCAAUGCUGUAACCCUCCACUUGGGCAAUAACGACAUGCAGGAGAUCCACACUGGGGCCUUCAGUGGCCUCCGCACCCUCAAGAGGUUGCACCUCAAUAACAACAAGCUGGAAGUGCUGAAGGAAGAUACAUUCUUGGGCUUGGAGAGCCUGGAGUACCUGCAAGCUGAUUACAACUACAUCAGUGCUAUUGAGGCAGGGGCCUUCAACAAGCUGAACAAGCUCAAAGUGUUGAUUCUCAAUGACAACCUCCUGCUGUCCCUGCCUAGCAAUGUCUUCCGCUUUGUGCUCCUCACCCACCUGGACCUGCGGGGGAACCGGCUGAAGAUGAUGCCUUUUGCUGGUGUGCUGGAGCACAUUGGAGGCAUCAUGGAAAUCCAACUGGAAGAAAACCCCUGGAACUGCACUUGCGACUUGCUGCCACUUAAGGCCUGGCUAGACACAAUCACCGUAUUUGUGGGUGAGAUAGUCUGUGAAACCCCUUUCAGGCUACAUGGGAAAGAUGUGACUCAGCUCACCAGACAAGAUCUGUGCCCUAGGAAAAGCUCCAGUGAUUCAAAUCAGAGGGAAAAGCACCCUAUCAUCUCAGACCCACAUGUCUCAAAGUUAUUGCCCACAGCCAAUUCUGCCAUCAAUCCCACCAGAGCCCCAAAAGCCAGCCGCCCCCCCAAAGCCAGGAAUCGCCCCACACCCCGUGUCACUGUGUCAAAAGACAGACAAAUAUUUGGACCUAUCAUGGUUUACCAGACAAAGUCUCCUGUGCCCAUCACCUGCCCAGAUGGCUGCAUCUGUACUUCACAGAGCUUGGACAAUGGCUUAAAUGUGAACUGUCAAGAGAAAAAGAUAAGUAAUAUCUCUGAACUCCACCCUAAACCAACCACUCCAAAGAAACUUUACCUUACCAGUAACUAUCUGCAAGUCAUUUAUAGAACUGAUCUAGCAGAGUACAGCUCUCUGGAUUUGUUACAUCUAGGAAACAACAGAAUUGCAGUGAUACAAGAAGGUGCCUUUACAAACCUCACGAGUUUACGCAGACUUUAUCUUAAUGGCAACUACCUUGAGAUUCUUUACCCUUCUAUGUUUGAUGGGUUGCAGAGCCUGCAAUAUCUCUACCUAGAGUACAAUGUCAUUAAGGAGAUCCUGCCACAUACCUUUGACACUCUUAGUAAUCUUCAUCUGUUAUUUCUCAACAACAACCUGCUCAGAUCCCUGCCUGACAAUGUCUUUGGUGGCACUUCCCUCACCAGGCUCAACCUAAGAAACAACCAUUUCUCACACCUGCCUGUGAGAGGAGUCUUAGACCGUCUGUCAGCUCUAAUUCAGAUCGACCUCCAGGAGAACCCAUGGGACUGCACAUGUGACAUCAUGGGGCUGAGGAACUGGAUAGAGCAAGUUACUGACCAGAACAGUCAGCAGUCAAAUCCCCCUGUUGUUAUCAAUGAAGUCAUAUGCGAGUCUCCCACCAAACACUCUGGAGAGCAUUUGAAAUUCCUGAGCAAAGAAGCCAUCUGCCCAGAGAACCCCAGCUUGUCAGAGUCAUCUCUCCUGCCCAUGAAUCAGAACACAGAUAUGCCCCAUCUCCUUGGUAUCUCUCCCAGCUCCUAUCCAGAAAUACACACAGAAGUUCCACUCUCUGUCUUAAUUUUAGGCUUGUUGGUUGUGUUUAUUUUGUCAGUCUGUUUUGGGGCAGGCCUGUUUGUCUUUGUUCUUAAGCGCCGGAAGGGGGUGCAAAGCAUGCCCAGCAGUGCAAAUAACUUAGAUAUCAGUUCAUUUCAGCUGCAGUACGGGUCUUACAACACUGAGACCCAUGAUAAAACCGAAGGACAUGUUUAUAACUAUAUUACCCCUCCUGUUGGACAGAUGUGCCAAAACCCAAUCUACAUGCAAAAGGAAGGGGAUCCAGUUGCCUAUUACAGAAAUCUCCAUGAGUUUAGCUAUAACAGUCUUGACCACAAAAAGGAAGAUCCCACCAGCUUUGCAUUUACAAUCAGUGAAGCUGAAUUACUGGAAAAGCAGUCCUCACCACGGGAGCCAGAGCUGCUGUAUCAAAAUAUUGCAGAAAGGGUCAAGGAACUCCCCACUGGAGGAUUAGUUCAUUAUAACUUUUGCACCUUACCCAAAAGGCAGUUUGCCCCUUCAUAUGAAUCAAGACGCCAAAACCAGGACAGGAUAAAUAAAACUGUUUUGUAUGGAACCCCCAGGAAAUAUUUUGCAGAACAAUGUAAACCAGAGCAUCCUUUACUCCAAGGAAAGCUACAAACAGAACCAGACUACCUCGAAGUUCUGGAAAAACAAACUGCAGUCAGUCAGCUGUGAGGGGGGCAUUGGGAGGCAAAGAAAGAUUUUUAAAUGAGCUCAACAUCACAUUUAAUUGAUUCUGAACUCAGUGCUGAUGUCAUCUGUCACAUUUCAAACAUUUUCACUUUUUAAAUUAGGAAGUGAGAGAGAGAAAUCAAACCUUUACAGGGACAUGAUGUUGCUUUUGCAAUAUUCCCUUUAAGUUAUUUCUCUCUCUCCUUUUGACCUUUCUGUAGGAACUGUCACUGCAAAUAUACAUUUCUGUAAUAAAUCUUGCGUAAUUCUUUUUGAUUUGGAAGGAAAUGAGGAAGAGUCUUUGGGUGCUUUUUGUUUUGGCUUUUUUUUUUUUUUUGGUUUGUUUGUUUGUUUGUUUUCAUUUUUAAGUGGAAGCUUAAUGUGGUAUGUAGAAGAUCUCCAAAGAUCUUUUUCCUGGACUUUUGACUUUCUUUUGUAAAUAAUAAUAUACAGUACUGCUGUUCCAAUUAUCAUGUCUAGCCGCUGGGCGUCACUUUCUUGUGUUAAAGUGCCUUUGCACUUUAAGUACAUUAUUACUUAAUUUUUGCUCUUAGCUUUGAUAAAUUGAACCUAUUUUAAUGUGUUGUAUUUUUGAAAUUAAAAAAAUAAAUAAAUUGUAAAAUAGA